UGGCAUUGAAUGGUUAUCUUAAUUGAUGACUGAGAGAGACGAUUUCUGUCUAGCCUAUGUAAAAAUAUUUUUAUUUUUCAUUGUGUUAUCUCAUAUGUAUAAACUUUAUCAGGAAGGAAAAUUAUGUGAAAGUUAGAUUCAAAAUAUCCAAUCUAACUAAAUAAUAAUUAUCAUUCAUCCCUUAUACGCAACACAUAAUAAGGGCCACAUUACUAUUGAUUUGCCCUUCUCCUAUCCUUAGUGGCGCCCCCCAAUCGGCCAGGUUAGUCAACUUUCCACGUUUGCCUCCAUGGAGUCGCUCUCCGGUUUGUUGGAGAGGAUUUUUACGUAUUUUUAACUUGUAAAAAUGUGUUUAUUUUUUAUUAAAGAUUUUUAGUGGUUGUGGCGUGAUUUUGUGGAUAACAUUUUGGGGGGGUACUGACUCUACAGUCUACAAAAAAAAAAAUGGAACCCGGUACCAGUAAAUCCCCCCACCACCAAAAACGCAUGGGUCCCGCUCCCUUUGCCUCCUUCGAAGAUCUCUCAGACGAGGUGAGAUCACGUAUGGAGAGUCCGAGUGAAAAAGAAAUCAACGUCAUCCGACUGCCGGGAAUAACCGAACAGGACGUGCUCACGCCUUCGCCCGAUCCCGAUUCCCGUCGAAGUCAUCACUCUGGUGUCAGUUUGAUUGGUGCACCUUCGCCAGUACCAUACAAAAUGAAACUGGCCAACAUCACACCGAGAAUUGAUAUAUCACGAGCCAGUAGCUCGUCGCAUCACGAUAGCCGCGACAGUACACCUGAAAGGGAGAUAUUUGAGAGUACUGAACCCAAUGUAAAACUGGGACUUGGUUUCAAAGAAGACGACGCUCUGGAACUGCGAUUGUCAACUGAAGAAUUAGACUUCCAUGAUGAGGCCACAAAAACACCUCACCACUACAAACAUCGUUCCGCUUCGCCUGAAUUCGACGAACUAUACAUUAACAACAGUAAUCGCAAAGAUUCCCAAUGCUCUGACGUAAUCCUAUUAUCGAUAUCCGGUAGAACGUCUCGAGUGUCCAGCAUAGGGAGCCACUGUAGCCAGGGAUCGGGACAAAGCCGUUUGUCCAACGCCAGCCACAUUUCAAUCACUUCCGGUCGUUCGGCUUACUCUCAAUGCUCGUCCCCGCACAAGACUUUACUGGAAACGUCGUUUUGCGGACCCAAAGGCUCACAGUCCAACCUCAACCUGGACAACCAAGAGAUCAACGAGAAAAUCGUUUUGGCUAGGAAAUCAAAUGUAGGUGAAGCUGUGCUGAUGGAAGGAAUGAAAGCCAAUAAGCCAAAAGUUAAAAUUACUGCAGCUAGUAAAGAGCCUAAAGAGGAAAGACCAAAAUUACCUAGGAAAAUUAUAUCUAAAAGUGGAGUGGAAUAUAUUUACAUACCUCUAAAAGGUCCCUUGCCAGUAGAUGACAGUAGUAGUGAAUCUCGAUCAGCAAAACAUAAAAAACCUUCCUCCGCUCCACCAAUAGUAAGCUCGAGAACCCAUGAGCCUAAAUAUAUUCGCAUCAAAUUGAAACCCGAUCAUUGUUAUGAUGACAAUGAACCUAGCACACCAUCAUCCAGUAGGCCUCCCACCAGUCUAAACUUGACUCUAAACAAAGAAGCUUGCAGCAAAAAACAUGCACGUAGCUUGACGAACAGUCCGAAACUGAUGCGCAAAGAUGCGGCCCAAGGAAAUGCAAGUCCUUCGCCUUCAGUACCACGUAGAAACUCCUUUGUCACUUUAUUUCGUACAGGUCCCGAUUCACCCAGUACGUCAAGUCUGAAGCAGAAAAAAAAGAACACCUUAACGAAAAAAGCCAUUUCUUCCACCGAAAGCGUUGACAGUAAAGGGAGCAAGCAUAAAUCCUCAGUGUUGUCGCUGUUUAAGGCAAAACAACAUCAGAAAUCAAACGGCAUGGCCCCACCUGUAAAAAGUGUCAAGAUUCACAAGCCAGAAAAACCGCCAAGCACCGAAACUAUCAUUCGUAUACCUUUACAUUCGCCUACUUAUUAUGAAAACAAGAGCUUACUGCAAGAAUUACAAGCCUCAAGUCAAGAUUCGCAAGUUACAGUAGUUGAAGUUGCUCCUAAACCAAGUCCUGUUGAAGUUGCUUCUAAACCAAGUCCUGUUGAAGCCCAAGCUACUAAAACACCUAUAAAUCAAGUUACAGUGGUUGAAUUAAAUCCUAGCCCAACUCCAAAUCAGAUUACUGUCGUUGAAGUGACUUCUGAAACGGAAAAGUGCCAAAAAUUGGAUCUAGAUGUUAUCGACACUUCAUUGGCUCAUGCUGAAGUUGAGUCAACUGAAACAACAACAAAUCGUCUUCUAAAUUCCGACAGUCUACUAUUAGAAACGAGUAGCUGUCAUCACGAGGAUCACAACUCGUCCGAGUCUGAGAAAGACUCGGACGUGGGCGAGUUCCAUCGGAAAAGUACCGAAACCGAGCGUAAAGCUAUAGUGUUGCAGCAAGACUCGUUCGAAGAUGAAUUGCCUUAUGUGCCUACCACCUUGCCUCAGGAGCGUUCAGCUGCGGUACCGAUUCUACCAGUAAAACAACGUUGCGUUUUGGACAUUAAAACUUGUCCUAUAGAACGGCCCAGAAGUACUACUCCCAUACAACAUUCCAGCUUAGAAAACUACUUUGAUGGAUUUUCGCAUAACAGUAACGGGCAAGCUGAAAAAUUAAAAAUAUCGCUUCCUAGGGCAGACACAAAAGCGAAGCCUCUUAAAGAAGACAGUCCUCCUCCGCCUUUACCACCCAAAGGUAUCCAAAAAAAAAGCUGGAUUAAUUUCGAAGAGGUCCCCGAAAGAAGAAAACCUCCGAAACGCAUCCAAACUAUUCCGUCUCGAGGCCAAAUCGAUAUUCCAGGAGGCUUAAUCAAGGACAACGUGGUGUACACUUACGUCAAUCCGGAAGAGUGCAAGUGCGAGUGCCACGAACACAAAGACACUACGAUAGUGGUAACGGAAACCAAUAAUAAGCCAAUAGUGCAAGAGGACGAGGUACCGCUGUUGAAUCGUACUGGAGAAACUAGUAGUACCGUUACGAGAUAGAAAAGGAUUCGUAGAGGAAAAAAGUAGAUUAUAAAUGCAAUGUGGGAUUGAGCAGAGCAGAACAAAAAGACUGUCGUGUCUAAGCAAUGAUAUCGCGUUUUUAUUUUUUUUUGGAAUUGAAAGAGGUGGCUGGUUUCAUGAACAAUUUGGUCGAAGACCACUUUAUUACUGUUUCCCAAAACCAGUCAAUAUUAGAAAUCCUGGAUUUGAUUCAAUGAUGUUGUUUAUUUUUUUGCAAAAUAUGAUCAAUAACCAUUAAGACCACACUUGUACAGACAGGACUCUAGGCUACUAGAUACAUAUGCUUCAAUGGGACUAGUUGACUGAUACUCAUACCUCGAUUAGUCUUAUUAUUCUCUAUGUGUCUAGUAGGUUGGUCCAGUCUGUAUGUUAAAGCUACACCGGGUUCCUAUUAUAUCGUUUUUGUUUCAUACCUCGUGUGCUUUGUUGUGUUCGCCAUUUCUGGCUGGUUUUUCAUUAUAUUGACUAUUGUCUGUGAUAAAAUCAAAUUUUUGUUGUUUUUAUCAACUCUUUUUGUUAUAUAAAAAAAGGCAUAUCCGUCUUUGUCCACUAACUAAAUAAACAAAAAGUGUCAAAUUGUGAAACGUCUCUUUGUUACUUUUUUUUAUCAUUUAUACGGCUUGUUAUUAUAAAUAAAUAAAUAAUUGUUAUUGAUCAAUCAUAUAUCGAUUGAUAAUUUUAUAUUCAUUAUUUAUUAGGAAAUUAUUUAUCACCCAUUUUAAUUAACUUAUAGGUAUUGCAAUAAGUACACGCCCUCUGUACAUAAAUAAAUAAAUUUUAAAAAAC